AUGCCUCAGCCCACAGGUGCUACUCCAGGUCAAAGCAAGCCGUUUCUUCCUCCAGAACUCAGCCUUCGAAUCAUCGAGGAGUCGGAAGAAGAUUGCAUCUGUCUGGUGAACCAUCUUUCUAGGGGCCAACUGCGAUGUGACGGCGGUUUUCAGAACCAUACCACGGUCAUCUAUACCCGUGGCGAGAAACAGAGAGACGGGUCAUUGUCUCGUGGAAGACUGGAGGCUCUUCCGAUGCAACAUCGUUGCGUCGCGGGAGUCAUCCGGGCUUCAGAUACACCCGCCCUCCAGUUUGAUCCUUCGGACGGCUAUUCUCAUGAGCUCGAAAUCAGCCACCUCACCAAGCGUACGAUAGUAGCUGAGCUCGGUCUGGACGAAGACAUAGCCAAUCCAGUUCUGAAUCUGGAUAAACACGCAUUCCCACCCAACUAUGAUCCCGCCAUUUUUAUCAACGUUCGCUAUAUCGGAUAUGACUUACUUGACAGACAUUUCAUCGCGACAGUCCCAGUUGAGAUUGGUGGCGACGAAGAUAUUCGACAUCCUCUUGGUAUCACUAGAGAACAAACCGCAUUGACUCGUCGUCUACACCCAGACGAUGAAAAGCUGGCGUGCCAAAAGAUAAAGCAUCUCAUGAUCAGAGAGAACGACGUCUCUGCAGGCGAUAUAAGGUAUGCUCUUAAUUUGCUCCAUGGUGAUCUAGUCACUGUGCGUGAAAUCAAUAGAUGGAGCUACUAUGUGAACGGAUAUCGACAGGAGCUUCGGAUGUCUCCGUUGAUUCCCAAGUGGGAACUGCUGCAAAAUCUCGAAACGCUCUGCAUUGACAUGACUCAACAGAUGACGCACCAAAGGGCACCUCUGUUCGGUGUCCCAUGUCUGGUCAGAUAUGAUAUAGAGACUCCAGAUAGCAAGGGAGAGGGAGAGGAAGCAUGGGUUGGCUAUCUUGAGGACAACCAUGAGUUCAAAUGGGAGGCCGCGCAAAUUAAACCGAUUAACUGGCUAUACCUCUUCAAGGACCUCGUGCGACCUGGUGGUCAAAUCCAUUUCAUUGCAGAUCGAGCGCCAAACACCCCGUAUUGGCCUGGCCCACGAGGCAGGGUUGAGGUUUUCGAGGACGGCUUACAAUGA